UGCAGGCAAGAGCGAUGCACGGCCCCUAUGUGGUGCUGUCGCCAAUCGCCAAGUCUCACCCCUUUGAGGAGCGACGGGCACAUGUCGGCCCUGAUGAAGAUCCGCUGAAGAUUGGCCGAGCCGUCGCCAGAUUGAAGGCAGCAAAAGACAACGCUAUUUUUGAUUGCAAAGUGCUUUCACGAAACCAUGCAGUGUUAUCAUACCGUAAUGGAGGUUUUUUCCUGCGUGAUACGAAAAGCAGUAAUGGAACUUUCGUUAACAAUGAACGGUUGGCUGUGACAGGCGAAGAAUCCGAAGCACGACAGAUUUUCACGGGCGACAUAAUUCAGUUUGGUGUGGAAAUAGUCGAGAACUCUAAUAAAGUUGCACAUGGAUGUAUAUAUGCUAUGGUACAACUGUUUGACGCCAAUGGUCAGAUGGUUGAAGGAGGAGGAACACUGAGUAAUGGUGAAAUGAAUGGAAUGCUUCACUCCACUGAGCCUUCCUUGGUGAAUAAUCAUCAGUUAUUUCAAAUGCAACAAUAUCUGUCGGAGGCGCUUUACAGAGAGGAAGCACGUCAGCAGAAACUAGAAGCUCUUGAAAAAAUGUUGGAAGCAACUGAACAUGCUUCAGAAGCAGCGUGGAAAGCCCUAGUGAAUGAGGAUAGGCUUCUUUCAAGGAUAGAAACUCUUGAGGCACAGCUAGCAACUUUCGCUAAGAAUGCUACUCCGGACAAACUCAGGGAAGAUGUUGUCAAUCUCAUUGAAGAUAAAGCGAAAUUUGAGGUAGCGUCGAAGGAACAUCUGAGAAGAGCUCAAGAAGAACGAGCAGAGUCUGCUUUGCGACUGGCGGAUAUUGACCGCAGUUUGGUGUCGACCGAAGAAGAGUGCAAUCGUCUUCGAUCACGAGUCCAAACGCUUGAAGCUAGACUCAAUGAAACCGUUUCUGCAUACGAAGCGAAAGCAAACGAAUGUGGAAUGAAUCACAUUGCCUUGAAUGAGGCUGAGAAAAGACUAUCUGCCGCUGAGGAGAAAGCAAGUGCUGCGGAAGCUCGUCUCAGUGAAUUGGAAUCAAAAACGCAACACGAACGCUCGGUGUCUUCUUUGGUUCGUCUACUUGUCAAUGCCCUCAACAACAAUCCUACCCUCAAUGAGAACGACCACUGGUUGACGAUGCUGUACGAUAUGUUGAAAGAGCGUAAUGGAGCGUCAGAUGCUGUGCCUGAACCACCAAUCAUGAAGAUGCCCAAGAUAGAAUCUCUAGCUAGCGACGUGGUUGGAUGCAAAAAAUGCGAGUAUGUCAAAGAUCUCAACGAACGGGAAGCACUGAUACGAGCUGAGAUUGAAUCAUACCUCAAGGAUAACUUGCAACUUCAAGCACGCGUUCGUGAUUUGGAGUCGGCACUGGCCAUCGCAGUGUCUCCCGUUUGCGUGACGGAGAAGGGCCGACUUGAGCUCGACGAUCCUCAAUCUUUAGGAACUGUUCCUUCGCAGAAGAAAAACAGCAACCAUGCUGCUGCUUCGACAGUGGCUGCACAUCAGUCUAACACUCUGGAUCCUCUUACUGAUACGGUUUUUAUCAUCUCAUUUGCUCCUUUCCUUGCUCUAAUUCUAUUGCUAUUGGCGCCGUUGCAUGUAAGAUUCAUGCAGUGCGUCAAGCAAGACUAGGUCGAUUAUGGUCUGUGAUACGAAGUUCGUCGACUUAAUGGUCAAGCGGCACCGAUUCUUCUAGCAGGAUAUUCUCCACUGUCUCGCUGCGCGUUCGACGCUCCACCAUCGCUCAGGCUAAUUGUUGUGCUAUUUUGCAUAUCAUGUGCUUUCUUUGUUUUUCUGUGUGACUUUAGCCACUCACUGACCACUUCCUAGAUCUAUGCUUUUUUGGACUAGUCACGAUCCAUCGCCGUUUGGCAACUGUCAUUCUGCGAAGCGGUUUCAUUACGCUUUGCGCACCUCGAUGACUCUCUUGAUCUGCUUAAGUUGUAUGCGAUGCGAUUAACGGUAAUAAGUAGGCACAUGUCUUGGAUUGUAAGUGUGUUGUAAUUACGAGAUUUCGCAAAGUACAUGCAUGAAACUGGUUGAUUUUUUGAUUCUUGUUUUGAAACUAUGUAAUUUCAUUUCACAUUGCCGCAUUUCAGAUGUUUUGAGUGUUUCAGUAUGAUUAUAAAUUAUUCGAAGUUAU